GCAGCUCCACAGCACAGCACGGCACUCGAGGCUGUCAGUGCGUCGGGUCCGAGAGCCGCCGAGAGCCGUCGAGAGCCGUUGCUUUGUAGAGCACAGGCUCCCUCGUAAAGACAUUAAAAGGUGUGGUAAAUAUGCAGUAAAAGGCGCGGCGAGCUCCUCAAUGUUUCGAUCAGCGCAGGCGGCAGGGAAAGGCGCGUUAGAAUGCGGCUUUGGUGCCAUGUGAAGGGGGGCUGGGAGCCGCGCUGCCCCGACUCGGGGGUCUAGGACCGGACUCCGGAGCAGCACAACCCACCGCAAGCUGGACAUGAUGAUGUCCCACAGCGGGAGGAGGAGCGAGGGCAACUCCGCAGGUGGCCGGCGGACGAUGGAAGGGGACACGGGGACCCAGAGGGGUCCAUCCCUGGGAUCAAAGCUCAGAGCCCACGCGGUACCCCACGAGGGACGCCCCCGGAGCCCACGGAUUUCAGUGAUGAACGCGCAUCGCCCCGUACUCCCACGAGCCUUCCUCCAGGGACGGGUGUACACCUUUCUGGAAAGACCCACGGGCUGGAAGUGCUUCGUGUACCACUUCUCAGUGUUCCUAAUUGUUCUAGCGUGUCUGAUCCUCAGUGUGCUGUCUACCAUCGACCAAUACGACAAGCUUACCCAUGGCCCACUCUUCUGGGUGGAGCUGGCCCUCGUGGUCUACUUCGGUGUCGAGUACGUGCUGCGCAUGUGGUCGGCAGGAUGCCGAAGCAAAUACGCAGGUAUCAGGGGCCGGCUCCGAUUUGCCAGGAAGCCCAUUUCCAUAAUAGAUCUGAUCGUUGUAGUGGCAUCCAUCGUUGUGCUGGCAGUGGGGUCCAACGGUCAGGUGUUUGCCACCUCUGCGGUCAGAGGGAUUCGUUUCCUGCAGAUCUUACGUAUGCUGCACAUGGAUCGCCAGGGGGGCACCUGGCGCUUGUUGGGUUCGGUCGUCUUCCUCCAUCGCCAGGAGCUGAUCACUACUCUCUACAUUGGCUUCCUGGGCCUUGUCUUCUCCUCCUACUUUGUCUACCUAGCAGAAAAAGAUGCGGUGGAUGACACUGGACAGACAGACUUUGGCAGUUAUGCUGAUGCUCUUUGGUGGGGAGUGGUGACUGUUACCACCAUUGGUUAUGGAGACAAGGUGCCACAGACCUGGAUUGGGAAGACCAUCGCAUCCUGUUUCUCUGUCUUUGCCAUCUCCUUCUUCGCCCUGCCUUCUGGAAUUCUGGGAUCUGGAUUUGCCUUGAAGGUCCAGCAAAAGCAGAGACAAAAGCACUUCAACAGGCAGAUUCCUGCAGCUGCUUGUCUCAUACAGGCAUAUUGGAGAUGUUAUGCAGUGGAGAACCCGGAGUCUGCGACUUUCAAGAUUUUUGUAAGCAAGAAGCCCGUCGUCCCCAGUUAUUUAAUGUCCAGCCCCAGGCCCAAGAAAAUGAUGAAGAUGGGCAGGAAGCCAAAGAUUGACAAGGACAAUGGGUCCAACUCCCUCACUGUUCCCAGCAUCACCUUUGACCCGGUGUUAGAGGAUGUCAGGGGUUUUGGCACUGACACACAGUCUGGUCGACAGCAGUCUUGGACGUCAAUCUCAUCUUUCCAGAUUGGCUCAUUGGAUAUAGCAACAAAGAAGAACGCAGGCCUCCUGGAAACGGACUCUGUCCUGCCGCUCCAGCGCGACAACAGCCUCGAAGAUGACUUGGACCUGGACACAGACAGAGAUGGCGCGGUCACCCCGAUCACGCACGUGUCACAGAUGAGGGACUCCCACAGGACAGCGAUUCAAGUAAUCCAGAAAAUUAGGUAUUUCUUGGCUAAGAAGAGGUUUCAGCAAGCACGGAAGCCUUACGAUGUGCGAGAUGUGAUUGAGCAGUACUCGCAGGGUCACCUCAACCUGAUGGUGCGCAUCAAAGAGCUGCAGAGGAGGCUAGACCAGUCCUUGGGGAAGCUGAGCUUGUUCCAGGGCACUUCAGAGAAGUCUAAAAACAAAGGGAUGAACACCAUUGGCUCCAGGCUCAACAGGAUGGAGGACAAGAUCACUCGCAUGGAUCAGACCCUGGACUGCAUUGCUGAGGCCUUGGGCAACCUGCUUGCCGGCACGGUGCCGGGGCAACCCGACAUGUUGCAGAGGGUCCGACUGGGAGAGCAGGGCAUGACUCAGCCUCCAGCAGAACUCCCCAGGCGUCGCCUGUCUCGCUUUGAUAGGCUUUCCACUCCGGCCUCCAGUAUAUCCCUGGACGACAGCUCCUGAAGAAAAAUACCCCCCACACAAGAUAUUGCCCCUGAUGCGAGCGCCCUGGAGAUACCCCCAGGGUGUCCUACUGGCCACAGACCCUGUCUGCAGUGGAAUCAGGUACAGUGGUGGCUAAGAAAAAAUAGAAAUGUGCUGGAAAAGCUUCAUGUAGCAUUCCUGCUUGAUGAUUUACCCAAAUUUUAGAGUAAAAUGUGCGGUUUUUUAAAUGGGAUGAAAUAUAUUUUGUAAGAUAUCUGAACAUUUGCAUUUGUGUAGAGUUGCAAUAAUAAGAAAUAAUAAUUGCUGACUCUCUGACU